GGGCGUCACCAAAGGUUGGCUGCAAGUGCGUCGUCUCCCCCACUGGCCGACUCUCUUCUUCUUUGGAAGAUGGGCGGUGGCGAAAAGGAAAGAAGAAUGUUUAUUGCUGAAAGUAGCAGACGAUAAAGAGGAAUGGAGCAGUAGUCGGAGAAGGAGAGAGUAACCAAGAGGCUGAUUAAAGACGGGCUGAAACAGGAAGAGAAGAAGGAUCUGUAUCUGAAUGGGGAGGUGUUGUGCAGAAUUACGACGCAGUCUUGACUACUAGAUCAGUGCGGAAAGCCGAGGUACCGCUGCGAGCCUCGGGAAAUUUACUUGUCCUGAUGCGGUGGCACUUCCUUCUCACUGGGAUGCAGAAAAGCCAAGACGGUGAUGAUGACGGUGAUGUGCUUGUGAUAUAUAGGAUGUGGAGGUGCGCAAGGAGGAGUCCAAUUGUGGAAGAAGGCACAGAAAGAGAGUACCUUUGAGAGAAGAAGUGAAGUGAGCGAGCGAUGGGAGGGUGGCGGAGAGCCUUCUGCACGUCGGCGACAGUGGUGGCCAGGACGGAAGCAGGAGAGAAGAAGCAGCAGAAGCAAAUCAUGGGCAGUUCGAGCCCCAGGAGUUGCGCCAAGCUGAGCUUCUUCUCCGGCGGCGGCGGACGAGGGGGGAACAGCCCCUCGACGCCGCGGCUGGCGCUGUGCCGGACUAGUUCCGAGUCUCCGGACAGCUCGAAGCUGCAAUGCGACAAGCUCCCCAGUCCCGCCACCGCCAGCGUCAACACCAGCAGGAAGAACCGGAGUCCAGCUCUGUUUCGGCGGAAGGCUCUGUCUACCCCUUCUUCUCCAAGAUCCCCAUCCGGGUUCGCCCUCUUCAAGCAGCUCUCCCGGAGUAGGUGCCGGAUAUGUACGCAGAGCCUCAGGGCGAGCCGGGAGAUGCCGGUCUUCACGGCGGAGUGUUCGCACGCCUUCCACCUUUCCUGCAUCGCUGCCCACGUCAGGAGCAUGCACGGCAGCCUCGCGUGCCCCGUCUGCUUCGCCACCUUGCGUCGAGCACAGUUGCCCUCCGCUCUCCACCACCAACAAGAGGAUGCAGUCGUCGAACAGGUGCUGGCCGGAGAGAGCGAGAACCGGAACAACCCGAACAGAAGAGCUACUAGCGGCGGCGAUAGGAAUGCUAUCAAAGGGGGGGAACGGCAGCUGGGACAGAACAGACUGACUGCUGCUGCUGUUAAGGUCUACGACGACGACGAGCCGCUGCUCAUCGUGUCCACGACCAACAAGGGCGGAGGUGUGCGGUUCAACCCAAUUCCAGAAGCAGCAAACGAGGAUGAAGAUGAACGUGGGAACGAUGAGGAUGACUUGGAACGAAAGAACAAGUUCCGCGGGCUCCUCGCGACCCCUCCCUCUCCUAGAAGCCAUGGCGGCGGAGUCCCACGUCGGCCGACAACGAGGUCCAGGGCGGGUGGCGUCCAGGUGAGCAUGAUGCCGCAGGCAGCUCUGCUCUCCGAAGGGCGGAGACACCGGAAUUAUGUGGUGAUGCUCAAGGUGAAAGCGCCACGGAUGCGGCCUGCGAAUCUCCUCAGCCCAGCGGGCGGGCGCACCCCAAUCGAUCUGGUGACGGUGCUCGACGUAGGCCAAGGCAUGACGGCCGACAAGCUCCAGAUGCUGAAGAGCAAAAUGCGGCUGGUGGUCUCGUCAAUGGGCCCUGCGGAUAGACUCUCCGUGGUGGCCUUCUCGGCGGUCGCAGGUGCCAAGAGGCUGCUCCCUCUUCGACGGAUGUCGAGGCAGGGCCAGCGCGCUGCCCGCCAGAUCGUGGAGAGGCUUGUCGUGGUGGGCGGCGGCGCCCCGUCAGGGGAAGAGAUCGUGGCUGAUGCGCUCAGGAAGGCCACCAAGGUUCUGGAAGACCGCAGGGAGCGCAACCCGGUGGCCACCAUCAUGCUCCUAUCCGACGCCCGGCAGCAGCAGUCGCAGGACCAAGGAAAGGAGGACGAGCACAACUACCAUCACACACCUCUUUGCUCACCACGGGAUGAUGGUGAUGGCGAUAUCCGGCCCUAUCCCCUGCCGAUGAUGACUUCUGCCGGCCCCGCCACUAGUUAUGCACAUCUGGCGAUUCCCCUCCACGCUCCUGGGUUUGGUGAUGGAGCAGCGGGGCCGUCGCCGCAGAAACAGAAGGAGGAAUCCUCCGAAGACUCCUUCAUGAAGUGCGUGGGCGGACUCGCGUCCUUGGUCAUGCGGGACGUCCGCCUGCAACUUUUCCUCCCCUCCGGCAAGAUCUCUGCCGUCUACCCAUGCGGCGGCGGUGGUGGUGGCGGCGGCGGCUGCAGAGAGGAGGCUCCCGGGGAAGGAAGCUUCGUUCUUCAUCUGGGAAACCUCUACGCCGAGGAGGAGAGGGAGCUGCUGGUGGAGCUGCGAGUGCCAGUGUCGUCGUCGGCUGCUUCGGCACCGGAAAACAGCCACCAUCAGCUGUCGGUGAAGUGUAACUACAGGGAUCCAGCCAUCCAAGACGUCAUAUUGGACGCGGAGCAGAUCCUUCUAUUGCCACCCCUCCUCCACAGCCAAGCAGCCUCGUCAUCCUCCUGCUCCGCGACCUCCCAGUGGCUGCGGAAUCUCUUCGUCUCCACCCGGGCGUUGGCCGAGUCGCGGCGCCUCGUGGACCUCUCAGACUACGCCACGGCCCACCGCCGGCUCUCCUCCGCCCGCUCGCUGCUUCGGCAGUCCGCUUGCGACGCCCAGGACCACGGCCUCAUCCAGAACCUGGAAGCAGAGCUAGCCGACCUCGAGCGCCGCCGUCUACUGAGGAAGCAGCACCAGCUCCCUCGUCAUCAGGAGCAGCAGGAGGAGUCCCUCUCGCCAUCCAAUAGGAGGCGGCGGCGGCGAGAGCCUCCGGCGGAGGUGCGAGGGGAGCAGCUGACGUCCACUUCGGCAUGGCGCGCCGCCGAGCAGCUGGCGAAGGUGGCCAUCAUGCGGAAGUCUCUGAACCGAGUCGGUGAUCUGCAUGGGUUCGAGAACGCCCGGUUCUGAGCAAACCGGAGCCAAUUGGGUUCAACUUCAUAUAUAUCCGGUUGAAUGAUUGUACAGAUCCUUUAAAUGAAUUUUCAUUUGUACAAUGAUGUUAUACUUAUCAGAUGCAUGAGGAAUAGUACUAAUUGGGUUUAAAAUGACUCAGAUA